UUUAUGUUAGUGGGUGAACAUUUUUUCUCAAGAUUAUGACAUCUACCGUCUCCAGCUUAUUCCGAAGGGCUGGACAGAGUUUCGUUGAGUACUGGAAGAAAAUAGGCAAUGAUUACAAGACUGUUGCUAUCGAAACGUUUGAGGGAUGCAAGAGAAAACCUUACAAAGCUGGAAUUUACCUAUCGGGUCUCGGUGGCCUCAUAUAUGCAUACCAAACGAAUCCUACACAAGAAUCCAUGCUGAACGAAUUGCGAGAAUGGCGCCAAAUAAUGACUUUAGUACCACCUCCCAUACACAACAGGCAAGCAGAUGAAGAGCUUGCUGAGCGUUCUGUACUUUUGUGUCAAAAUCGUUUGCACUACUAUAACCUCUGGUUUUUCUCCCUUCUUGUUCGAUCCACUUAUGACAAUUCUAUCAGCACAUACGAAUCUCAAGAUCCCAACCUUAAAGAAUGGAUAUGGAAAGAAUUUUAUAACAACAUCCUUGACAUAGGGUUCUUUGGAAAGUGGUACAAGUUCCAUCAAAAGUUAAAAGACUAUGACAUUAACGAAGACGAGAUAGCAGCUUUGCCAUCAUAAUGAAUAGCUCUGGUACGGGCAACGGUUGUUACCAGACAGGUAUCUAGGAAUGUUAUAGGAUUUGUUAUGUUUAUUGCACUCAAAUAAAACAUUAACAUAAUUAGA